AUGUUCGAAGGACGCCACGCAGCAGAUAGAUAUCAUCUACGCUUGCAUCGAGCUCGCUCAGUAAUACUCUCUGGGCCUGAGCUGGUCGAGAUUCGUGCGGCUCAAAGGACGUUCGAGGGAGCCUACAUCCGUACUGCCCUUGGCCAGUUCUCCUUCGCACUUAUUGUGCUCAAGAUCUUCACGGCCGAAUUCUACUCUAUCGGUGCCUUGUUUGCCGUGUACGGCGCGGGCAUACUGUUCACGAGCCUGUUCCGACGCCAGCAAGGAAACAAACAAUUCUUCUCUGAAAUAGGCGAAGAUGGUUUGCAUCGCAAGAAGUUCAGGACGAGUGGCAAUGUUGUGUCCGUCUUGACUGCGCUCAGCAUGGCAGCAUACAUUUGCCUGCUUGUCCUCACGCUGAGGCUCGACACCUAA